AUGACCGGCCACAUCAUCGACACGGUCAAGGAAGACCACGGCGAGAUUCAAGCUUGCUAUGGACGCAUCGUGAGCUCCGCGGACCGUCAAGAGCAGAUUCGCUUCCAGAACCUCUUCACCUGGGCUCUGGCACGCAACACCGUCGGCAAAGACCUUGUCGUCUAUCCUGCCUACGAGAAGCAUCUGUCGGAGGGAUCUACUCUGGCAGAGAAGCGCCGCAAGGAGAACCAUGCUGUCAAAGGACAACUCAAGAAGUUCCAGACCCUGGAUCCGAGCAAUCCCACCUUCAUCCCCACCAUUCGGGGGCUGAUGGAGAUCCUGAGUCCCCAGAUGAGAGAAGAGGAGAACAGCGACCUGGUGGAUCUCGAACAGGUGCUCUCGGACCACGACAGUAUCAGCCUGGCCAAGUCGUUCAAUCGCACCAAGAUCUUCAUGCCAUCGCGCGCCCAUCCCGGCGCCCCGAGUAAGCCGCCCUUUGAGACGGUCGUCGGCCUCUUGACGGCGCCCAUUGACCAGCUGGGGGACUUGUUUCGGAAGUGGCCGCACGAGAAAGACGUGCACACGUGA